UACUUCACACACGUACAGUAGAAUGAGAGUCAACAUGUAGUUCAUUCAUGGGCAUUACAUUUCAUGUAGUUAUCAGUUUCCCCCCCCCGAGUAUAUAUUCAAGUUUGCAUUAGCUGACACUUGGACAAAUGGACGACAUCAUAAAUCCGGAAAAUGAAGGAGAUCUUCUGGCUCAAAUUGAAGAGGUCGAGGCUCUGUCUUCCAUCUAUGGGGAUGAAUGGUGUGUCAUAGAUGAAGCAUCCAGAAUAUUUUGCAUCAAAAUAUCCAAUGACUUGGAGGGAUCAAAACUGACAGCAUGUUUGCAGAUAAUUCUCCCACCUGAUUAUCCAAGUGCCGCCCCGCCCAUCUACCAGAUCAAUGCCGCUUGGUUACGAGGCCUGGAGAGGACCAAAUUGGCAAACAGCCUGGAGGACCUUUAUGUGGAGCAUGUGGGGGAGAGCAUCCUCUAUCUCUGGGUGGAGAAAAUAAGAGAAUUCCUCGUAGAGAAAUCCCAGAGCUCAGAAACAGGUGAGGUGUGAGAUAUUAAAAUCUUGUUGAGGGACACACUUCCUCGAGCU